UCCGAGCAGAUCGAUUCUCAGCUAAUUUAUAUUGAAUAAAUUUGUUUAAUUAGGAAUUCGUUGAACGUUGAUCCAAUUUAGUUCUGGAUUACGAAGGUGCCAGUAAAAACAGUGUAGCUCUUGUCUUCACCUACGGUGAUUUGACGCAAGGAAACUAUAGUCCGUAUCCCCUCGCCGAGUGAUGGGUCCAGCGUGGGGCUUCUUAGUGGCCGCCGUGCUGCUGCUGGCGGCCACUGCUGAGGCGGGACGCGUAGAGGCAGCGCAGGAGCGAGGCUACAUCGCAGCGACUGGAGGCUCAGGCUACUCGGGAAGCUCUGGCAGCAGCGGCGGCGUGAUAUACGGAAGUGGAGUUGGAAGCAGCUACGGAGGUGGUUACGGAGGUGGAGGAGGUCUAAGCGGUGGAGUUGUUUACGGUGGUGGGGGAUUAAGCGGUGGAGGUGGCUAUGGAGGUGGCUAUGGAGGCGGCGGGCUGGGUGGAAGUCACUCAAGUUACUACAGCGGCGGUGGAGGCGGUGGAGGUGGUGGUGGAAGUGGCGGUAACCCCAUUGUUAUCGUUCAUCAAGCUAAAGCCAGCGGUGGAGGUGGUCAUGGAGGUGGUGGAGGCGGCUAUGGAGGUGGAGGUGGAAGCAGCAAAGCAGCCGCCGCUUGCACCUUGUGCUCCAUACUUGCGCCACUGGCACUACUGGGAUCAUUGGUUCCAAUGAUAGGUUUCGGGGUGGUGACGACGAUGGCCACGACCACAGGGAGGCGGCGCAGGAGCCUCGACGUGAAGUCCUCGCAAGUCCUCAAUAAAAAACUGCAGGACUUCGCUGAGGUGCAGCGCUACAUCGAGGACACCGUGGGCCUCAGCGCCGAGCAACACAUUCAGGACGACUUCAUAAUGCGCUACCUGAGCUGCAGUGGCCUCACGGCGGCCACCAACCGCUGCCUGGAACAUCUGGCCUGCGCCACAGCCGAUGCCACGUACCACAUGGCGCCACACGAGCGCGCCACUGCCACUGUGAUUUUACACACCCUCACAGACAAUCGUCGCCUGCCGGAGGCCCUGAAACUGCGACUGGUGGCGGCGAGUGACAUGGGCACCACAGCACCACGGUCCUGUGGCCGGUGGUACCCAUGCCCUGUGGCGGGGUAUGAGGACAGCCUGCAUGCCCUGCGUAUGUCGUCUGAGAAGCAUGACAUAGUAGGAAAUACGUUUAUAAAGGAAAAGGAAUCAUUCGAUUCGAAACUUGUUGAGGAAACGAACUCAAAUUUCACGAAAAAUAUUUCUGGAAAAAAUGAGUCCGUUGGCAACUUUGAUGCCGGUGAUGUGCCAUCUAUGAAACGUUCUCAAUAUGUUGCCGAUCUAAAGCAUAAACAUUCGAAAUAUUCUUCUCCAAAUCAAUAUGAUAAAUUGUUUUACUCGCAGUACCAUAACAAAAAGUACAAUAAAGAGCUUAGUGUCACGGAUGUUGGUUCCAACGAUGCAUUUUCUCGUGCAGACGGUGCAAUUUAUACGUCAAAUCUACAGUCGCAAAGUCCAAAGUGAUCAUUCUGUAGAUGUAACACUGCCUUUAACACAAUAGAGAAAUAAUAGAAACAGAGAAUAGGCAUAAUUGUUUAUUAAAAUAAUGCCACACAAACAAUAUUGUUGUUCUCUAGCGAUAUAUAUUAGUAAAUUAUGCUUUAAGACUCUCCAUGAAAUGAGAAAAUUUAUGGAUUAGUUAUAAUGACCCUGAUGAUAAAUCUAGCUCCAUGGUGAAAUGAUCAUAAAAAGAUAUUAAAAUACAGAAAAUUAAUUCAUAAUUAUUUCGUACUUCAUGCUAAAACCUGGUGUUUGCAAAAAUUAAAUGCAGAAUCCUGUACAUUUAAUAUACUAUAAUAGUUUAUGAGAAAUAUUAGUAAUCUGUACGUUUAAGUUUGUUCCAUUAAAUCGUUACAAUUUUUCAA